AUGGCGCUCCAGGAGCGCUUCCGCCAAUUCAGGUAUGGCAACCCCCUCGUCAGCAGUCAAGUCGCAGGGGGCGCCGGCCGCCGCGAGAACGCGGCUAACCUGCGCUGCCCAGGGCUGCCGGGCCAGUGGCAGCCCUGUGUCCGUGUCGGCAGCCAGCGCAACGCUAUCCAGCAUGGCAAGACGGGCGACCCGCUCGCCGCCCAUAGCCUGCAGGUUGCUCACAAAGCGUGCAACCUGCAAGGUCCAGUUGCUUGUGUGGGCUUAAAGUCUGGUAAAGCAAGAACUAGCUUGCAACAUAGACUCCCCGCCGAAACGGGACGGGAACCGGGCGAAAGCAGAGAAAGCAAUAAAACAGGGGUGGAGCAAGGCGACAUGCAACGCAAGCAGCUGACAGGGCACGCAUCGAAACGUGUGUAUGACUGGCAAAGUGGCAUGGCGCAUUGGGGAGAAACGCAACGGCGCCUGCUGGAUGACGGUGUCCAAAGCGCCAUCACCCACGGACGGAACGCCCCCAGGAACAGGUUCAAAUUUUACGUGUCCAUGCGUAAGGCAGCAACCCCUGACGACCAUGGUUGCGGCGCCAGCCUGAUCCAUGAGUCGGUUGUCCUCACGGCGGCACACUGCAUUUUGGGUCGGUAUAACAAGUUUGACUAUGGCCCCUACGUUGCGCAUAUCGGCGCUUAUGCCUUCAAUGCCACCGCCAUCCCAGACACUGGCUACCAGGAGCGGCGCGUGGCCAACAUUGUGAUUCACCCAGACUAUGACCCUACCACCUUUAAGAAGGUUAACCGAGGAAACAACGACGUGGCGUUGCUGUACCUCAGCCGCCCCAGCACCUACCCUCCCAUCAAGCUGGUGCCUUACAAGGCCAAGGCCGAGUGGAACAACCCUGUGCCUGAUUGGACGCCCGUCACUCUCAUCGGCCUUGGGCAGACUGUGUUUGAAGAAAAGAGCCCCAAAGUGCUGCAGGAGAUCACCGACCUUGCGCUGCUCCCCCUGAAGCUGUGCCAGAAGGAGGUUGGGGAGCUUAGUCGUGGUUACACCUUCAACAACAAUACCAUGAUAUGUGCUCGACGGGUGGAGGGCUUGGGCGGGCAGUGCCGCGGCGACAGCGGCGGCCCCAUGUUUGUGCGCGGCAAGACGGCCGCCGACGACAUGCAGAUCGGGGUUGUGAGCUGGAGCUACAAGGACACGGAGCUCCCCUGCCAGGAGCUGCCUGGCGUUCUAACUGAUGUGGCAGACGUGCGGCGCUGGAUCGAUGCCUCCAUUCGCAUACUGACCCAGCCACUGACCGGCAGCGUGACGGAUGAUCGGGUGGUUUGCGGGUUCAACAAGAUUCAGUUCAAGACAGCCAAGCCAGCAAACAGCUGGCUGGAUAUCCUCCACUCGCGUGGCGGCUUCAAACUGGAUGCCUGGCUUGUGCGCCACCCUGACCCUGCCGUGAGCGCAGUGUUCAUGCAGCGAAUCGUGUUUCAGUGGCACGACCGCGUUGUGGUGGCUCUGUUGAAGGACGGCCGGCUGUCGGUGACGCUCAAUGGGAAGGUGGUGCCCCCAGGAAUCACUACAUCCAUGUCGCGUGGCUCUGUGCGCUUCAAUGCCAAGUCCGGCGCGAGCCCUGAGAUCAUCGUUGUGCAGCCCAGGCUCAGCAUCCGCAUCGUGCGUGCCGGUGGCAUCGAGGUUGGGCGCUCCCAGGCCGCCAGUCAGAGCGCCGGCGCCCGCACACCCUGGCUGAAUGCGUGGGUGACCCUGACCAAGCCCCCUCCGGUCAAGCUUGGCGGCGUGCUAGCUCAGACCCUGCCCGCCAUCCUGCAGCCCCGUGUCUAGGGCCCAGGUCGUGCCCAGCUGUCCUACGGCAUCCUCUCCCUACCCACCAGUUGCCUGCUCACUGCGGCUGGUUAAGUGCUGGCAGCUUGGAAAGCGCUGGGCAGCGCUGGGCGCUGGCUCCGUUUUCCAAGCCAGCCUGAUUUGCAUAACUGAUGCCCUGCACAUGCUCAUCCCAUUUUAACCGAUACAACCUGCU